CCUGUAUUUUGGGUGGAAAUUUUCACUGUAGGAGAAUCACGUUUGUGAUGUCCGUUAUUAAUAGGACGUUUUCUAAUCUCAUUGUUUGUGAAGCAUAUUUGUUUGAGUUACUUACAUUCUUCGCGUUUCGUGUUUUGGCAGCAUUUGGCCCGAUUUUCUGGUAAAUUUGUUCGUGUUUACAGCGACAUUUCCCGUCCUUUAACAACUGUCUAAAAUGAAUGACAGUAACGAUGUUCUCGUAGAUGUUUCACUAAUUGAGGCAAAAGAUGAACCUUUUGAGUUAGAAUUGCUUCGAAACCCGUUUUCUCUUAAAGCUUGGUUACGCUAUUUGACUGCGAAUGAAAGCAGCUCUUUUUUAAAACGCGUUUUUCUAUACGAACGUGCCUGUAACGAUCUUCCUGGAAGCUACAAACUGUGGAAACAGUAUUUAGAGCUUCGGAUACAACACAUUACGCAAGUUCCUGUCUUUGGAUUCGUCGACGACUAUGAAGCGGUGAACAAUUGUUUCCGAAAAGCCCUCGUUCUACUUCAUCGGUUUCCCGUUAUUUGGGAAAUGUAUCUUAAGUUUUUAAUGCUACAAGCGAAUGUCACAGAUACUCGGAAAGCUUUUGAUGAAGCAUUAAGGGCCUUACCCGUCGCUCAACAUGAUCGUAUUUGGGAAUUAUAUAAAGACUACGCUAUUAGCAUUGGAGGCCCUUUCUGCGUCCAUGUACUCAGACGCUACGUCUGUGUUGAACCUCGGGCAAUUGAGGAUUUUAUUGAAGAACUUGUUCACAUGGAGAUGUGGAAUGACGCUGUACACGAAUACCUCAACAUUCUCAAUCGCCCCGUUUUCCUUUCGACAAAACGGAAAAGUAAUUACCAAAUCUGGUCAGAGUUUUCUGAACUCCUGGUCAAGCAUCCGCGCGAAAUCCAGAACAUCAACGUUGAGGAAGUUUUGCGAGCGGGCAUAAAAAGAUUUACUGACCAAGCCGGUCGGCUGUAUACAACUCUUGCACGGUACUUUAUUCGGAUGGGUUUGUAUGAAAAGGCGCGUGAUAUUUUUAUGGAGGGAAUUACUACAGUUGUAACUGUACGGGAUUUCACAUUCGUCUUCGAUGCUGCCGUUGAAUUCGAAGAACAAUGGGUCACGCAUUUAAUGGAACGGGCAGAAACAAAUAAUGUAAAUGAUGUUGAGCUAGACUUCCAACUCUUACGGCUAGAAAAUCUCCUGAACCAGCGCCCAUUUUAUGUGAACGAUGUGCUCCUUCGACAAAACGUGCAUAAUGCUUCUGAAUGGCAGCGAAGAGUUGAAUUGCAUGGUGAAGAUGCUGAAGCUGUGCUUUCUGUGUAUACCAAAGCAUUAAGUUCCAUUAAGCCUAGUCAAGCCGUCGGCGACUUUGUUGGUUUGUGGACGAAUUUUGCAAUGUUUUUUGAAAAAUUGGAUGACUUAGAAAAUGCACGGAUCAUUUUUGAGAAAGCUACAAAAGUGCCAUUCAAAUCAGUAAAUGAUUUGGCACAAAUAUGGAUUGAUUGGGCUGAGAUGGAACUUCGACAAAACAAUUUUGAUCGUGCACGUUCACUUGUAGCACAAGCCACGAAAGGUCCAAAGCACAGCACUGUCAGUUUCUUUGAUGAAUCUUUGAGUCCACAAGCACGGCUGCACAAAUCCGCAAAGCUUUGGUUGUUUUAUCUUGAUUUGGAAGAAAGUGUCGGCACACUCGAAUCAACAAGAGCUCUUUAUGAACGAAUGUUCGAACUUAAAAUCGCGACACCCCAAGUCGUCGUUAAUUAUGCCAAUCUAUUAGAAGAAAACCAAUUCUUUGAAGAUAGUUUCAAAGUUUAUGAACGCGGUGUUGCAUUGUUCAGCUAUCCCGUUGCGUUCGAACUAUGGAAUUUGUAUCUAACUAAAUUCGUUCAACGUUAUAAAGGACAAAGAUUGGAACGUGCCCGUGAUCUAUUUGAGCAAGCGCUUGAUAAUUGCCCAGAAAAAUUUGCGAAACCACUGUAUCUUCUUUACGCCGAAUACGAAGAAACCUAUGGAAAGGCCCGAAAAUCUUUAAGCAUUCUGGAGAAAGCAAGUACUGCCGUUGUACCAGAGGAAAGAAAAAAUGUGUUCGAUAUAUGGUUGGUGAAAGCCACCGUGAACUUCGGUAUUGCUGCUGCAAGACCUAUUUAUGAAAAAGCUAUUGAAAUACUUCCGGACGCCCAAGUGAAAGAAAUGUGUCUUCGUUAUGCGGAACUCGAAAUAAAGCUGGGUGAAAUUGAUCGUGCUCGUGCUAUCUUCAUUCAUGGAAGCCAAUACUGCGAUCCACGAGUAGAAUCUGAUUAUUGGGAGAAAUGGCAGGAUUUCGAAAUUAAGUAUGGAAACGCCGAAGAAACAGUAAAAGACAUGCUUCGCAUCAAGCGGUCUGUUCUUGCAAAAUUCAAUUCUGAUGUUGCUUUCAUCGCAAAGCAAGCGGCCGUUCUCUCGACCAGCAGUGACGCUGUUGCCAGUAACGAUGCAAUGGAACAAUUAAACAAUGCAGUCGUGCGCGAUAAACCUCUUGCUGGUUUUGUUGCCUCUUCUACGGGACCGCAGGGUGGUAAUGUGAACGACCAAUCUCCUUCAAAACAAGCUUCUCCAGCGAACCCAGAGGAGAUUUCACUGGAUAUAUAAAUGCACUAGACAUCUUUUUUGGGUGUCCAUUUUAGAAUCCGAACUGCGUUUGCAAAUGUAUUGAUUUAUACAAAAUCAUAAAUGGUUUGGAAAAAAAAUGCAAAAAGCGUUUUGCAAAAACUACCGUCCGGUCUUUUUCAUCAAGGCAACGAAAUCUUUGUCUGUGGAAAGCAAGCGGUCAACCGCCUUGGGAAUAAUUUGAUCUUCUCUUCCACAUUCCCACGUUUCUUCGUUUGCAUCAGGAAUAAGUUGUUGCACUCGGUCCAAGACAUCCAACUUUUCAUGCUCGUAAACAGUUACAUCCAUGGAAAUCGUCGGAACAAUGCUUGUGUUCAGAUACCCCAACAGUACUUCGAGUGUUUCGCUGUUUACGUUAAACAAACGAAGUAACCGGGAGUAUGUGAUUCUUUCAAAAUUCUCUUGAGAGGCUUUAUGAACAAAAGGUGAACGCACUAGAGUCCACCGUUGUAUUUUUUUAGGCAAGGGAGUUGGUCCCCUAACAGGUAUAUUCAUGUAAUAUGCACAACGAACUGCGAAGUCUGCAAAGAACUCUAACUUUGAUAGUUCAUAACUUUUAAACAUUAUUUGAGCACAUUCUACGGCAUCUUUCGUCACAGGGUGACGGACAGGCGCAACGUAAGCAGCAAGCACAUUAUCAGGCAGGAUCCUCAUAUUUUCAUCAUCAAAUAAUGCUUCUUUCGGAAUGUUAUUUUUGUUUCGCUUAUUAGGAACAACGUUCGCUUUGUUUGACGUUGCUCUUACAGUUGUUUGUAAAGAAAAGAAGGAUGCUAUGAGGAAGCGUGCUGGUUUCCACACGACUUUUGAUUUUAGCAGACAACUCAUUGAGAUAUUACUAAUUUCACGCUAACGAUCUUUUUCGCUCUCUUGCUCCGUUCUCACAUCCGCUGCGUCUUCCUCAGAGUGCUGACACAAGCAAACCAGGCCUGCAUAUUGCAGCAUUAGUUGCUAACAGCGUUGUUACUUGUGGUGGUAGUGUUUCAAGUAACAACGACCAUCUUCAACUCACCACCAAAAAAACAGAGAAACCAGUUACUACUGUAUGUUCCUCACCCACAAACACCAGCGUAGUAUAGUAAUAGGCCAAUAAGUAGUUCAAUAUUAGGCAGGCAAGGCACAAUUAUAACAUAAAAUAACGAACGCAUCCUUUUAGUCGAGCUAAUAUAAUCAUUAUGCUAUCUACA